AUGAACGAGAUCCGCCACACGCAGCAGCCAACUCUUCCAGAUGCAAGUGACCCUGUGCCAGUGAACCCCUUCGGCUCAGAUGUUGUUGCGGCCAGAGGUCUCUGCAGCUAUGACAGCCAGGGAUUCUGGCAGCCCUCAGUGUCGUGCAACACUUCUGCGUCCGAGUUGCCAAGCCACCUGGAGUUUCAAGUCGCCACACAUGGCUCAGACAGGAAACCAGGUUCCCCCGCGUCGCCCACAGCACCCCCGGCGUCGCCUUCCCACGCCAUUUCUUCGCCACAGAUGAUCCAGACGCCCACCAUCGAGCAUUUUCUUUCCAAGAAUGAUGUGGACAAACAAAAGUCAUCAUCAUGUGUUUGGUCUGGUGUGAAGUAUUACAUCGACUACAUGGCCGGCUUCCUCGUCUUCCUCAACACGAUUACUAUGCUUGUCGAGCUGCAGGUUGAAGGGAACAAGCUUGGCGAAAGACUGGGAUUGGGUGACGCGGUUUUGCCCGACAGCCUGAACGACACGCUGCCCACGAUGAGGGUCCUGCACAUGACCUUUAUGUUCAUGUUCGUACUGGAGUGGAUCCUGCGGAUCGUCGUCGAGAGACGAGCCUUUGUGAAAGAUUAUGCCAACUGGUUCGACACAGUCAUGGUGAUGCUCAGUAUUGUAGAUGUCUACCUGACGUUCGCAUCUGUGCAGAACGAUGGCGCUGCGCAGGGUGUGAUCAUCUUACGGCUGAUGAGGGCCUUGAAGUCUCUGAGGGCCAUCCGGAUCGUCCGAAGCCUGCGACUCUUUCGUGGACUGCGGGUGCUCGUGAGAGCUUGCACCUGCUUCUUACCAUCCCUGUGCUGGUCCAUGGUACUGCUGGGGAUCUUCAUGUGUCUGGGCGCGUUGAUGAUGGGAAACCUACUGCAGAGCUUCAUCGAGGACGAAUCGCAAGCCUUGGAGGACCGAGAGUGGAUUUGGGACCGCUACGGCACGGCCUACCGCUCCUGGUAUACUCUUUUCGAGAUCACUUUCGCGGGCAACUGGCCUACCAACGUCCGUCCCGUGCUGGAGCGGGUCAAUCACGCCUUCGUGUGUCCUGGAGUGAAAAAGAAUCUUUUCCCAGCGUAG